AUGAAAAAUGUGACGCGACUGUGUGUGUGGCUUCUCAUUCUGGCCAACUGGGCAACCGUUCGCGGCAGGCGGGUUUGCGAGAGAGUGGCAAGGGAUAAUUACAGCGGAGCGGCAAACCUGUCCAGCGGCCUGUUCAGCGGCGUGUCCAGCGGCGUAUCUGGCGGCUUGUCCAGCGAUCUCCCCAGCCGCGACAAGCACCCCCUAAGCCACUACAGACCAAGGAAGACAAACCACAGGAAUCUCCUUUUCCUGAAAAAUAAGUUAAAAGAAAUCUGGGACCGAUUUACUACCAGGGGAAGCCACCAUUUCAAUAAGCCAUCCAAGGAGAAGCAAAACAGUUCCAAUUUGAAGAAAGCUUUCCGCAGCUUUACUCCGAAAUGUCAGAAUGACCUCAUCAGCAGGGUCGUGGUUCGAAACAGCACCGUUAUUAGACCCAUCAUCCUUUCCAAUUUACUCAUCAGAGAAAACAUUAAAACAAUUCGUCGCAAAGACAUCGACAGGGUAGUUAAAAUUGUUUCGGAUUUUUACACCAAAUCCAAUUAUCUCUUCUCGCGUGUCCUUCGGCACGAAGUGGUCAAAGAUGGGGACCAGAACAUUCUGAUCAUCUAUGUGGAGGAGUUGGUACUGGACCGGGGGUGCGUCCAGAUCAGGGUACUCCGGCCGGCGAGGCCAACCGGGAAGCGAACCAAUACAGAAGAAAUGGCCAUAUCAACGACUACUCCAGGGACUGCUCCACCCACUCCAUCAACUACUACUCCUCCAACGGCUACUCCCACAACUGCUACUCCCCAGGGCGAACUCCUCUUCGAGCGCAAGGGCUCCGCAUGCAACCUGACCGGCGCGGCGCCCAGACCCGAUGAUCUGCAGAAGCCCGAGGCAGCAUCGAAGAAGCUGCGAAAAUUCUUCGAAAAGAAGAUGAACAUAAAGGAGGGUAGCAUCUUCGUGUGGGACCAAGCCACCUUCGACUUGAUCCUCAAAUCGAACAUAUUCAAUUACGUCCAUGUGAAGUUGUGGCACGAUAAGCAGGAAAGAAAACACAUACUACAGAUAGACCUAAUGGAAAAUAAAAAAGUCUCAUUUGUCCCAUCCAUAUCGAAAAGCUUUAACUCCCUCCUGGAUUUAUGCAUUAACAUUACGUUUGGCUACCUGCACAGCAUUAAAUAUGGGGACAAAUUUAGAGUGAAGUUAUUUAAAAAUCUCAGUUACAAAAACAAUAAACAUGAUUACGACAUGGUCUUCGUGAACGACAUUGUGGAGUUGGAGAAACUAAGGAACAACUCACACGCGUAUUUCCUUUUCGGGGUGAACGUGAAGCAGGCUUUCAAGAAGGAGCUGGACGGCGCAGCGCUGACGGAGUGUAUAAAUAUUAUGAACAGGCAAGGUGAAAAUGGGGAAAAGGAAGGGGGAAGAAAUGUGCAAGGAGGUUUCACCAAUCCGGGGGAGCAACACCCAGACCGGGACGAUUUGCCCCCACGGGUGGAGCUCCCUCGCGGCUCCUCCACGCAGCGGAAGAACAUCUACAGCUACCUACACAGGGGGAAAGUCUUCCUUUUUGCGAUUAGGAAAAUUCGCGAUACCAUUUUGGAAAUCAAAGUGAAGGCGAAGAGGGAGCUGUUUCACAACUUUCUCUACUUCUUGGAGGAGAAAAAUGAGAAUUCGAAGGGGCCUGUCCACUCGGGAAGGCUCUUUCGUUUUCGCUUCCUCCCUUUUUGGAGGAGCCCAAAUGAUAGAGGGGUGCUAUCAAACCAAUUGUACAACAUUUACGGGUCCAAACUAAAAUUGUCUAGCUGCUUAAACGUUUACUCUGCCAGUUGGUUUGAGAAGGCAAAAUGUAUGAAGGCUUUCUUCAACGUGAGGAAUAAAGUAGACUUGGUGUUUUACCUCAACACGGAUAGGAAGUUUCGCCCGACGGAGGACCUCGGGGGGGAGGAAAAUACCCAUUACAGGGGAACGGAUGCAAGUAAAACCGCGCUGAAGUCAACCAUGCUGUCUUUUUUUAAGCAGGCCAACAAGAGAGGAGGCUUCCUCUCGAUGGACCAAAUAAAAAACGUGUACUUAAACUACACCUUUUACUUGCAGAAGAAUUACAGAGUGAAUAUGUUUGAUCUCUUCUGUAAGCUCAAACGGGUGUUGACCUUCCGGGGGGGACGUAGUCCAAGGCAGGUGGCGAUACAAGCGGAGACACAUCCCGCUACUGGGGAAGAGGCCCCCCUCGUCCUGGUCCCCCUGUACAAGUGCAAACUGAUUAUGAACCAAGUUCACCUUUUACUAAACGUGGCCUUUUUUUUCAAGAGGAAUUUAUGGGAUUUACGGCAGGGUUGUAACCUCUCCUCCAUUUGGGGGUGGGGAGGCGGAGGAGAAGGGACCAAUGGGAAGCGUCCAUGGGCGUACUAUCACCAAAUGAAGGAACUCUUCUGUGGAAAUAGGGCUCAAAGUGGGAAGAGGGAUGGCCCCAAUUUUGAAGAAGACUUAAAGCGGAUCACUUUGCCAAGCGGCGACACACCAGCGAGGAGUAGCCCCCACAGCAGCACGACGUAUAACAUAUGCAAUGUUAACCUGAACGACGCGCAGAAGGAACAACAAAACGAGAUGAACCUCACGAUGAAUUACAAACUGAUAUUUCCCGUACUAUUUGAGACUUACUUCCUUAACCUGAUGGAUUUGCGGCUUUACCUCUUCCUCAACUGGAGCCUCUUUGGCAUAGGGGGGGGUAGCGUUGGAAGCGGUGGUGGUAAUAGUAGUAGUGAUGCUACUCGUGGUAGUACUACCCUCGAGGGAACUUCUAACACGACGCCUAACCCGAUGAGCGAGGAGAGCCGAAAGAGCGCCUUCUACAACUACCUCAAAUUGUCCUUCCUCAAAAACAAGAGGAAGAUGCACCACUCGGCGUUCGGCUUCGGCAUGCUUCUUUCAAACAUCAACAUCUUUUUACACUUCGAGAUUGGCCGCCGCUCUCUGCUGCCUUCGCUCGUUUUGCAGCUCGACGAAGGCACCUCCCGGUUUGGGUACCUCUCGUGA